GAUAACCAAUGCAGGCAUACUGGAUCAACAAAUUCAACUUGAACAAUUUUAAAUAUUUAUAAGAUGAUGGCACGUGUCAUUCAAGCAAUAGAUGGAUGGCAAAAUAGUAAAUAGAUAAAAAGACCGAGGACAAGACUAGAAAAAAUUCAUCAUUUCCCAACAUGAGCAUGACCUCUGAUUUCAAAACCAAAAAAAAUUGCACUAAUUUUCUCUCUCUAAAAUUAGGAAGAACUGAACGAAGAAAACGCAAAAAUUACUCGUAUUUCUUCUCCCAAAAAAACGGCAUCAUAUCCCUUUACCCUCCUUAUCACUGAGCUUCAAAUUUCAUCCCCCAAAAAAAAAAAAAAAUUCAAAGAAAAAAUAGAAAGAACAUAAAUAAUACAGUAAAUUUUACAAGAAAAGAAAGAAAAGUGAGAGAAUUUUGUAAGUAGUAGUAAGAGUUUUUGGAAAGUCUUUUUCUUUUUUUUUUUUUUUUUGAAUAAUUUUUUUCUGGGUUGUGUAAAUUUCUGGGUUUGAUUCCAUAUGUAAAUGCAUCAGAAGAAAUCUGAAGUUCAGAUCGGAAAAGAAAGCAGUGGCAUCUCUUCCGAUUUCAACCCAAGUCCACCAUCUUUUUUCCCAUCUUUAAUCACACAAAAACACCCAAAUUUCAGCAAUUAUAAUCAUCAAUUUAUCGAAUUUCAAUCAAACCCACCUCUAACUUGUUCAAUUGUUCCAAAUUCUGGUGUUUUGGAUCCAAUUUUAGUGAAGAAUGAGCCCAAUAUUGGGUCAAUUCCAUCUCCUUCAUCUUCAGCAACAACACCUAAAAACCCCCUUUUGUCAACUCCCCAUAAACGCCCUUUGAUGAACCCUACUCCUUCCCUUGUUAAAUCCCCUACUUUACCUUCUUCUCUUAGUAAUUACCCUUUUUCUUCAACACCCACUUCCAAUUUCAAACCAUUUUCUGUAAAUUCAAGGUGCCCAUCUUUGUUUUUGGUGGUUUCAACGGCAAAGUCGGCUGCUUUUCGGUUAAUCCGCCGCUUUCGCCACCUUCGCCGGCUUAGGGUUCAUCUACGCCUCCUACUUUUGCUUGCUUUGCCAUUUUUUUACUUCUUGGUAUCACAUCCUAGUCACUCUUUUAUUCUUGAUUUUCUUUCUGCAUUUGCUUUUUCUGCUGCUCUUUUGUUCUCCCUUAAUCUUGCCCUACCUAGACUCCCCUCAAUUAGGGUGUUCCUUAAUCGUUCAUUCCCUUUCCCUAUUAAGCUUUCAUCUGCCUCAGCCUCGGCGGCUUCCCGGCCUUUGCCAGUGUUUUGGUCAAUAGGGUCUAGGUCAAAAGCCGAGAAGAAGGUUAAUUCAGGAUGUUGGGUUCAAGUUUAUAGCAAUGGAGAUGUAUAUGAGGGUGAAUUCCAUAAGGGGAAGUGCUCUGGUAGUGGGGUGUAUUAUUACUACAUGAGUGGGAGGUAUGAGGGGGAUUGGAUUGAUGGGAAGUAUGAUGGACAUGGGGUCGAAACGUGGGCUCGAGGGAGUCGGUAUAGAGGACAGUAUAGGCAGGGUCUUAGACAUGGUUUUGGCGUGUAUAGAUUUUAUACAGGAGAUGUGUAUGCAGGUGAGUGGUCUAAUGGACAGAGCCAUGGUUGUGGGAUACAUACUUGCGAGGAUGGUAGCCGGUAUGUUGGUGAAUUUAAGUGGGGCGUCAAGCAUGGGCUCGGGCACUACCAUUUUAGGAAUGGGGACACAUAUGCUGGAGAGUACUUUGCAGACAAAAUGCAUGGAUUUGGAGUAUAUAAGUUUGCAAAUGGUCAUCGAUAUGAAGGAGCCUGGCAUGAAGGUAGAAGGCAAGGUCUUGGGAUGUACACGUUUAGGAAUGGAGAAACGCAAGCGGGCCACUGGCAUAAUGGGAUACUUGAUGUCCCAAGCACACAAAACGCAACCUAUCCCGUAUCUCCCGUUGCUGUCAACCAUUCCAAAGUAUUAAAUGCUGUUCAAGAAGCAAGACGAGCAGCAGAGAAAGCAUAUGAUGUUGCCAAGGUUGAUGAGAGGGUAAAUAGGUCCGUCGCUGCUGCUAACCGGGCAGCCAAUGCUGCCAGAGUUGCAGCAGUUAAAGCUGUUCAGAAGCAAAUGCAUCAUGAUACCAAGCAUGACCACCGAGCCCCUACUCCAAUUGUGUGACCAUUGAUUUGCCAAAUUGUCAUCAAUUUUCAACUCAUCUAUUAUGAAGAUAUAGCAGCUGAGUAAGUGAGUGAUUAUUGUAUCGAUAUCCUCCACUUUUGUGAUCGGCUUUAGCAUCGUUGUUUUUUUUUAACUUUGAGAGGGUUUUAACGAGUAUUGCUUAAAUAGAAAUACAUUUCUAGUUGAAACAAAAGUCGUCUUAUUCCUCUGAUGUUAUUUCCCAUUAGCUUCCUCUUUCUUCAGUUUAUUGGAGGAAGGUAUGGGUGUUAAGUUUUGCCCUUUCUGGCUUCAUUUUGUAUAAAAGAAAAAUAUGCGUAGUCAGGUGUAAUAGGAGCUGGUGCUUAGGUCAAACCUUAAUCCGGCCAGUGUUGUAUCAAAUGUGAAUUUCCCUUUGAAAUGAAAAGUCUAGAGAAAGUUCAUGUAA